AUGUCCAUUCUGAUUCUUAACAUCUCCAGUUUCAAGUUGCCUCGCAUGGCGUCCCCACCAGACUUGGAUUCGUGCACAGACCAUCUCACCGCCGAAAUUUCUUGUGCGCGGGCGGUGAAGGAGCCGAGCGGAGAACGCCAAGAUUUCCUCACCCCCAAAUUUUUCGUAGCGAUUGCUCCGACCUGUCUCGAGACCAGCAUUCGAGAUCUUGGACAAUCAAAGAUGGACGACAUCGAGGACAGAUUGCGCAGUCACGCGCAGGCUUUUGACGGAUUGCUCUCAUUGAUCCCCGCUAAAUAUUACUACGGCGACGACAAUACCAGUGAUCAAUGGAAGCGGAAAAAACAGACAAAAGAACAAGCACGCGAAGCCAAAAGAGCCAAAUUGGACCCCGAGUCUGCCAAAACAGCCAAGGAUAUCAUGGAUGAACAAGCCCGCAAGCGAAAGCGCGAGGACGGAUCUCUGGAGAGCGACUCCUCCGAUGGGGAAUUAGGGUCCGAGAUCCCUGGCGAGGGACUCAAGCGAGGAGAAAAGGUCAAGAAGCAGAAACAGACCGAGGCCGAGGCCGCCGCUUCAAAGGCUCAGUCCAAGUCCAAGUCGGAGGAGAUCGAGGCUCGAAAGAAGGCCAAGGAGGAGAAGAAGGAGCAGAAGAAGGCUGUCCAGAAGGAAAAGAAAAAGGCCAAGGAAACCGCCAAGAAAGAAAAGUCGCAACAGGUCGAAAAAGCAUCCACCGCAGCGGAGGACGCACCAAAGUCAAAGGCCGAGAAAAAGCCCGUCGAGAAACCGGCCGCUCCGGCCAACGAAAACCAGGAUGAUGAAGAUGACGAUGAGGAGGGAGUCGCCGAGGAGGGAUUCUCCAUCGAAUUCAAUGAGGAACCCGAGGAGCCGUCCUCUGCCUCUUCCACUCGCGACUCACCCAACACCUCCGCCCCGCAGUCAGGGUCGUCUUCCAUAUCCUCCAUUGCGCCUCCAUCCACCGGUGCUGACGCCCCGCCGGCUGAGACUAAGGCCUUAAAGGCCACCCCCGAGGAGUUGAAACAACGCCUACAGAAGCGACUCGAUGAGCUUCGAGCGAAGAGACAUGCCGACGGCUUCAACGGCAAGCCUGCUCGUAAUCGUCAAGAGCUGAUCGACUCGCGACGACAAAAGGCCGAGCAGCGCAAGGCUCACAAGAAGGAACUGCGCCAAAAGGCCAAGGAGGAGGAGCAGCGCCAAAAGGACGAGGCUAUGGCUCGUCGCUUUUCCCCCGGUGGAUCUGGAUCCUUGCUCGCAUCUCCCCGGUCCCCCGCCGAAUCUGUUGGUUCCGCCAGCAACAACUUCUCGUUUGGCCAGGUCAUGUUCGCUGACGGCCAAAUCGCCGAUCCCACCCUCACUGGUGUUCGUGACAAAUCCAAGGCUCGUGGGCCCCGAGACAAUGACACUGCUGCCCAGCUCAAGCUCGCCGAAGCGAAAAAGGCCCGGCUCGAAGGGAUGGACCCGGAGAAGCGUGCCGAGCUGGAAGAAAAGGAUGCCUGGUUGAACGCCAAGAAGCGCGCACACGGUGAACGUGUUCGUGACGACACUUCUCUCUUGAAGAAAGCCCUCAAGCGCAAGGAGACCGCAAAGAAGCGAUCUGAGCGGGAUUGGAAGGAGCGUCUCGACACGGUAUCACGGAUGAAGGAGCAACGCCAGAACAAGCGCGAGGAGAACCUACGCAAGCGCCGCGAAGAAAAGGGCACCAAGGGCAAGGGCAAGAAGUCCUCCGGUGGUGCCAAAAAGAAGGCCCGCCCCGGCUUCGAAGGCAGCUUCAAGGCCAAGGUUGGCGCCAAGAAGAAAUAA